AUGCAAAUUUUCGUUAAAACAUUAACUGGUAAGACAAUUACAUUGGAAGUUGAAUCAAACGACACUAUUGAAAAUGUCAAAUCAAAGAUUCAAGACAAGGAAGGUAUCCCACCAGAUCAACAAAGACUCAUCUUUGCUGGUAAACAAUUGGAAGAUGGAAGAACUCUCUCAGACUAUAACAUUCAAAAGGAAUCAACUUUGCAUUUGGUUUUGAGAUUGAGAGGUGGUGGUAUGCAAAUUUUCGUCAAAACUUUAACAGGAAAGACAAUUACAUUGGAAGUCGAGUCCAAUGAUACAAUUGAAAAUGUUAAAUCAAAGAUUCAAGAUAAGGAAGGUAUUCCACCAGAUCAACAAAGACUUAUCUUUGCUGGUAAACAAUUGGAAGAUGGAAGAACUCUCUCAGACUAUAAUAUUCAAAAGGAAUCAACUUUGCAUUUGGUUUUAAGAUUGAGAGGUGGUAAUUAA